AUGGCUCCCGUCAUCAAGCUUAACAGUGGCUAUGACAUGCCCCAGGUGGGCUUCGGUCUCUGGAAGGUCGACAAUGCUGUUUGCGCCGAUGUUGUCUACAAGGCCAUCAAGGCGGGCUAUCGCCUCUUCGACGGUGCUUGCGACUACGGCAACGAAGUCGAGUGCGGCAAGGGCGUCGCCCGCGCCAUCCAGGAGGGCCUUGUGAAGCGUGAGGAGCUCUUCAUCGUGUCCAAGCUUUGGAACACCUUCCACGACGGCGACCGCGUUGAGCCUAUCGUCAGGAAGCAACUGGCCGACUGGGGCCUUGACUACUUCGACCUCUACCUCAUCCAUUUCCCCGUCGCCCUUGAGUAUGUCGACCCAUCGGUCCGCUACCCGCCCGGCUGGCACUACGACGGCAAGAGCGAGAUCCGCCCCAGCAAGGCCACCAUCCAGGAGACCUGGACUGCCAUGGAGUCCCUCGUUGACAAGGGCCUUUCCAAGAGCAUUGGUAUCUCCAACUUCCAGGGCCAGCUGAUCUACGAUAUGCUGCGGUACGCCAGGAUCCGGCCCGCCACGCUCCAGAUCGAGCACCACCCUUACCUCGUCCAAGAGGAGCUCAUCAAGCUCGCCAAGCGCGAGGGCAUCGCCGUGACGGCCUACAGCUCGUUCGGCCCAGCCAGCUUCCUUGAGUUCAACAUGAAGCACGCUACUGCCAUGACCCCUCUCAUCGAGGAUGAAAAGAUCAAGGCCAUCGCCGCCAAGUACAACCGCCCGCCUUCGGAAAUCCUCCUCCGCUGGGCUACCCAGCGCGGCCUGGCCAUCAUCCCCAAGACCACUAGGGAAGAGAUCAUGAAGUCCAACCUGCGCAGCGUCGAGUUCGAUCUCUCUCAGGAGGACAUUGACGCCAUCAGCGCCUUUGACCGGGGUAUCCGCUUCAACCAGCCUUCAAACUACUUCGAGACUGACCAGCUUUGGAUCUUUGGCUAA